GGGCAGGUAGCUGUGCGGCCAUGGGCGACGUCCACCAGGUGCCGCGGCACCGCAUCGCCACCAGUCACCUGGCGCAGUUCAUCGGCCAGCCCGUCUGCUUCGUGGGCCGCGUCGAGAAGAUACACCCGACAGGGAAGCUCUUCGUGCUGUCGGAUGGGAACGGAAAACACACGACCGUGGAGCUGAGCGACCCUCUAGAUGAAGAGAUCUCAGGAGUUAUUGAAGUCGUUGGAAGAGUAACAAAUCAAGCAACCAUUAUGUGCAUGUCAUAUGUCCAGUUCAGAGAAGAUAAAAGUCCAUUUGAUCUGGAACUAUACGAUGAAGCACUAAAAAUUAUUCAUGAAUUCCCUGAAUAUUACCCAUUUGGUACUGAGAGGAACACUUGAUUUUUCUUUGCAUACAUUGACAGCAUGGUAACAGUUGAAUUUAUUUCCCACCAAUACACUGAAAAGAUGCUAAUACAUGCGCCACGUAUUGCCACUGAGGAAUGAUUUCUUUGCAAAUGUAUUUGUUCAGCAAGGAGAACACUUUUGCGGCUCUCUCAUUGUCUGUAUAUAACUCUUUUGCACCCUUGAGGGGUGUUCUCUUGCAGGAUUGGUCUUGCUAGAAACUGAAGUUUUGUAACCAACUUUGUGUUGUUAUUGGUAAAGGUUACCUUUUUACAGGAAACUUGUACUGAGGACAUUUGGUGGGGGUUUAAUGUAAAGAUCUUUUUUUAGUCUCAUUUGCUUUGGUAUAAAAUCUUUUGAACACAAGGGGUAUUUUGCAUCUUGGAAAUGGUCUCCAAUAAAAAAGUGGGCUUUUUCAGUGA